UGGCUGUAAACUCACAUAUGAAUCCUGUGAGACUCUGGCCUCAGCUCUGCAGACACCAAACUCCCCCCUGAGAGAACUGGACCUCAGCUACAAUGACCUGGGAGACAGAGGAGUGGAGCUGCUCUGUGUUGGACUAACCAGUCCACUCUGCAACAUACAGACACUAGUUCUAGGUCAGUGUGGUCUGACAGAGGGUUGCUGUUCAGUUCUGGCCUCAGUCCUGAGUUCACCCAACUCACAACUGAAACAACUGGAGCUGAGAGACAAUGACCUGCAGGACUCAGGAGUUACACUGCUGUCUGCUGGACUGGAGGAUCCAGACUGUAAACUACACACACUGGGGCUGUCUGGCUGUCUGGUCACAGAGGAGGGCUGUGCUGCUCUGUCUUCAGCUCUGAGGUCAAACCCCUCCCACCUGAAAGAGCUGGACCUGAGCUACAAUCACCCAGGAGACUCUGCAGGAGGACUGCUUUCAGCUGCUCUGGUGGAUCCCACAUAUAAACUGAUGAAGCUGAAUGUGGAUCAUGGUGGAGAGUGCAGGCUGAAAUCAGGGCUGAGGAAAUAUGCCUGUCAUCUCACCCUGGACCCAAAUACAGUAAACCCAAACCUGAUACUGUCUGAGGGGAACAGGAAGGUGACACGGGUGGAAGAGAUGCAGCAUUAUGAAGACCAUCCAGACAGAUUUGACUAUCAUCCCCAAGUUCUCUGCAGAGAAGGCUUAUCUGGAUCUCGUUAUUACUGGGAGGUGGAGAGGGAUGGUGACAUGGAUGGUGACAUGGCUUACAUUGGUGUGGUGUACAAAGGAAUGAACAGGAAGGGAGGGGUGCUUCACAGUGGUAUUGGAACCAAUAGGAAGUCCUGGUGUUUAAUCUGCUUUGAUGGCUUCUACUCAUUUAACCAUGCUGGAGUCAGUAGGAGAUCCAUCUCUGAUCCUCAUUCUAACAGAGUUGGAGUGUAUCUGGACUGGCCAGCUGGUACUUUGUCCUUCUAUAGUGUGUCCUCCUCUGGUACACUGACACACCUUUACACAUUCUACUCCACAUUCACUGAACCCCUCUAUCCUGGGUUUGGGGUUUGCUCCUCCUCCUCCUCAGUGACCCUGUGUCAGAUAGAUGACCAACACAUUCAGAGAGACCAUGGUGGAGAGAGUUGGAUCAAGCCUGGACCUGAGGACACCAGAGACCAUGGUGGAGAGAGUUGUAUCAAGCCUGGACCUGAGAAAUGUGACUGGAUUCCUCAGAGCUGUAAGACUUGUGACCAUGUUGAGGACUCCACACACUGGCUUCAGAUUGAACCCUUGACUUCCACUGUCCAGGGAGUUACAAUGUUCAGACACAGGACACCCAAAGGGAGUUAUGAGUGCACAGUGUCUGGGCUCCGCUGGCUGUGUGAGAGAGAUGUCAUUCUGAAGUAUCACUUCAGGAACUGGGAACCCUACAGUCAACUUCUGAAAGACAUGCAGUACACACAAGGUGGUCCAUUGCUGGACAUCACUAUGGAGUUAGGUGAACUGGAGGAAGUUCAUGUGCCACACUGUGUCUGUUUAGGGACCAACCCUUCCUUGAGGAAUGAGAUGAAGAUUCUUCAUGUAGAGGAACAUGGAGUGUCUUUAGAGGAAGUGCAUGAGGUCACCAGAUUCCAUGCUAAGAUUCUCCAUCCCAAGUUCUCAGCUAUCUCUGUUAUACUGAGAUAUAUAUUUUCUUGGAACGUAGAUGUCCACUGUGAGCUGAUGCUCUAUCUGACAGUGAAAAGGGAAACACUAAUUCCACGUCUAUACCUGUUCCCCAGUAACCCCGGCCAAAUGCAGGCUGUGGAAGAACAGGAAUCAAAGUUUCAAGGGUCUAAAAGGAUUCCCAUCACAAGACCAGAGCAGUCCUUCAAACUGAAUAGUUCCUUCAGACUGAACAUUCCCUGUUCUACCUCCAUCACCGAGGAUUCGUCUCAUACAUAGAGACACCACACCAAGCUUUUUCAAGGUGGUUAUGGAAAUUACAGGGAUUGAGAUGGAGUUAAUCGGUGAUGAUGAGAGGAUAGUAUGGAAAGAAAUUGUACCAACAGAUGAAUUCAUCACUGACACCCAUUCAACUAGUGCUGUGUUGGGGGCAGGAGGUCCGGCUGAGAGCAGUCUGACUGGUUCUGCAGAGCAGCAGCUGCGUUCUGUACGGACAGAGUUUGUGAAACGAGUGUCAAGACCUGCCCUGAAUGAACUGCUGGACGGACUCCUGCAACACACAGUCAUCAACCAGGAGGAAAUGGAGUCAGUGAAGGUGAUAGCUGAGAGGGCAGAGAAGGCACGUGACAUCAUCGACAUGGUGUUGAGAAAAGGAAAUGAGUCAAGUUCCAGGAUGAUCAACCUUCUUGGGGAGCUGGACCCCUGUCUUUGGUCACAGCUUCAGAUCAACAGUGUUGGAGAACCAACCUAAUGGCAGAAUGGAUAGUAACAGUGUUGGGGUACCAUCCUAAUGGUAGAAUGGAUAGUAACAGUGUUGGGGUACCAACCUAAUGGUAGAAUGGAUAGUAACAGUGUUGGGGUACCAA